GCGGUUGUGUGAGGAAGAUGAUGAGCUUAGCGAGGUGGAACCGGAUGCGGUGCCCAGCGAAGUCCGAGACUGGCUGGCUUUGACCUUCACCAGGUCAAUGUCCAACCUGAAGAAGCGAGGAGAGGAUAAGCCGCGGUUCCGGAGUGUCGCCCACGCCAUUAGAGCCGGGAUUAUGGUGGACAGGAUAUAUCGUCGAAUGUCCAGCUCCGUUGGUCUUCAUGUACCCCCACAUGUGUUAAUAUUACUGAAGAACCUAGACGAUUGGUCCUUUAAUGUGUUCGCAGUGAAUGACGCAGCAGACGGACAUGGACUCAAGUUCGUCGGCUACGAGUUGCUCCAAAAAUAUGACCUCAUCACAAAGUUUAAAAUCAACACACAGAUGCUCGAGAGUUUUCUCUUCGCCCUGGAGAACGGAUACAACAAAUACAAGAACCCCUACCACAACCUGGUCCAUGGAGCUGAUAUUGCACAGACAGUCCACUUCGUGUUGUCGAAUAGUCGACUAGCGCAAUGGCUGACCGACCUGGAAGUGUUCGCCACUUUGAUAGCCGCUCUCAUACAUGACUAUGAGCAUACAGGAACCACCAACAACUUUCAUAUUAACACAUCAUCCGAGGUGGCAUUGUUGUACAAUGACAGAGCAGUCCUGGAAAACCAUCACAUCAGUGCUGCGUUUCGAUUGGUCAGGGAGGAGGAACACAAUAUUUUAUGCAAUCUGAGUACAGAGGAGUACAGGGAGUUCCGGACCUUGGUGAUAGACAUGGUCUUAGCCACUGAUAUGUCUUUCCAUUUUCAACAAAUUAAGAACAUGAAAGCAUUACUGGGUAUGCCCGAAAACAUUGAGAAGUCCAAAGUGUUAUCACUGGUGUUGCACUGUGCUGAUAUCAGUCACCCUGCCAAAGACUGGGAACUCCAUGAACGUUGGACUGGUUUGCUCUUGGAGGAGUUUUUCAGACAGGGUGAUCGGGAGCAGGAGCUGGGACUUCCAUUUUCCCCUCUCUGUGACAGAAAAAAUACUCUGGUCGCUGAAUCUCAAAUAGGCUUCAUUGACUUCAUUGUCGACCCUAGCUUCCAGGUUAUGGGGGACAUGUUGGAGAAGGUCAUGCUGCCUCUCCAUCAGCAGGCGCCACUGUCGAUGAACCGAAACAUAGAUGAGGCGAUCACUGAAGAAGUGGUUGACAGCAAGGAGAGGAGAGAAAAGACUCCAACGUUGGGCAGCUUUGGUCGGCAUACAUCAAAAUUGCCUUAUGGACGUUACGAACUAAAGCGACCGUGGAAUGAUUGCCUUGUGAAAAACAAAUCACUGUGGAAAGUUCGAGCAAUCAAAGAGAGAGAGAAAGAAAGAGAGAGAAUAACAAAAACAAAACAAACUAAAUACCCAAGUGUUAAAAAAGGGACAUUUUUGAUAGAAGUGUAA